GUCAGUACGCUGUCAAAGAUCGGAGCUGCUUGUUCGGGCAAAAACUUGUAAUUUUCCUAGUUGUAAUAAGCAAAGUGUAACAUUUUGAAAGUGUAGCGAAAUACGCGGCGGACCAGUGUCGGAGAGUGAGAAGCAAAAGCUGAGCUAAAAGAGGGUCCCUGGUCACGCAUAAUCCCGUCGUACGGAAGAAUUCGUGAUAUCAUCGUCAUCGAGUGAAUCUUGGUGGUGAACGUCUCACAUCACACACCAGAUACACCCCAGAACCUGUACCAGAAACCGUACCUGUCGCCGAGUUUUCUGUUGCGUGUGCGUGCGUGUGUGUGUGCCUCGAUUAGUGUGUGUGUUGAGCUAAUCAUCGGUCUGCAGGUCGAAAGAGUCUGUGAUACGGAAGUGACGCAUACAGUAUGUCGGAACAACAAAUGGAUUGCGCGCUCGACUUGAUGCGGCGUCUUCCACCCCAACAGAUCGAGAAGAACCUGAUCGAUCUGAUCGACCUGGCGCCGGACCUGUGCGAGGAUCUGCUGACAUCCGUCGACCAGCCGCUGAAGAUCGCAAAGGACAAGGAAACGGGCAAGGACUAUCUGCUGUGCGACUACAACCGUGACGGCGACUCGUACCGUUCGCCCUGGUCCAACACGUACGACCCGCCGCUGGAGGAUGGUUCGAUGCCGUCCGAGCGGCUACGCAAGCUGGAGGUCGAGGCUAACCAUGCCUUCGAUCAGUACCGCGAGAUGUACUACGAAGGAGGCGUCUCGUCCGCGUACCUGUGGGACCUGGAACACGGCUUCGCUGGCGUCAUUCUGAUCAAGAAGGCCGGCGAGGGCAACCAGAAGACGAAGGGCUGCUGGGACUCGAUCCACGUGGUGGAGGUGCAGGAGAAGAGCUCCGGUCGGACGGCGCAUUACAAGCUCACAUCGACCGCGAUGCUGUGGCUGCAGACCAACAAACAGGGUUCCGGUACGAUCAACCUUGGCGGCAGCCUCACCAGACAGAUCGAACAGGAUGCGCCGGUGAGCGAAACGAGCCCCCAUAUUGCAAACAUUGGGCGCAUCGUCGAAGACAUGGAGAACAAAAUCCGUAACACGCUAAACGAGAUUUACUUCGGCAAGACGAAGGACAUCGUCAACGGGCUGCGAAGUAUUCAGUCGCUGGCCGACACGAACCAGCAGGCGACGAUGAAGAAGGAUCUAGCGGCGGCGCUGCUACGACGAACUGGCAAGAGCGAGAACUGAGCAGCCAAUGGCCAGCCGGUCGUCCUCUGCCCCCUCCCCUGCCGACUUCCGUUCGACGAACACCACCAUCAUCGGUAUCCGCAGCCACCACCACCACCACCACCAACAGCAUCAUCAUCAUCACUAGUAGCGUUGUUGUCGUCAUCAUCGUUUUCAUCGAGAUUCAACACUUUCGUCAUGCAUAGUGUCGUUUUUGUCCGAUAUUUUCGCCAAACGGUGAUAUGAGUAGGCAGAAAUCACCGUUCUAGGAUAGAAAGAUAUGAGAACACAAAAGUUGCACAAUCCAGCAUAGUAUUCGAGGCAAUAGGGAGAUCUUUCGUACGCGAGUGACAUUCGCGAUAAGCCCCGGCAGGUGGCAAUAAGGGCAAUCGAACAACAUAUGGCACGGGCUGAGUACGAUCCAAAACAGAGAGAAAAAGAGAGGACAUAACUAGCAUAGAGCCAACGAAAAUCACUGCAUUUGCUUUGCGAAACAGGAUAAGAAAGCUAGCAGGGAGGAAGAGGAUGAGCAAACGUUGGGGCAGAAAUUCGUACCGAGCGAACCCUUACCGGCGUCGCCGUCUUGCCUGCCCUAUUUACCGCAAUUAACGUAGGUUAAUAAAAGCUUAAAUCAAACAAAGGAUCGUCUACUACCAUCCGGUGGAACGUGUGGUGUCGUACGUAAUGGAUUUUUCAAAGUUUUGAAA